AUGUAUCUCAACAAGCUCUACAAUACUGUUAGAGGUGUAUUUGUAACGUUGAAUGACCUUGUCAGUCAAAUUACAACGGAUCAAACGAAACGAACCCACAAUAAAGUUGAUGAAGCACUUCCGAUCAGCACUUUCACUGCAGGCACCACUCAGGAUCAAUCGACUACUGGUUUGAAUGGCCAGUUCGUUCAUUCACAAUUACUGAUCGAUUGUUUACUUCGAAUUAAAUCAACAUCAGCAGCAAAAAACGAACUACUUACUGUCUGUAAAGAAGAAUAUGAAGGAAACAAAGCUGAACUAGAAAUUCUUCGGGAGUUUCAGCAGGAUUAUUCGCCCGAUCAUGCUCUGUGGUGGUAUACCAGAAAUUCGUUUGUUUAUCGAUUACUGAACAAAGCACUUCGAGUACAAAAUAUUGAUAUUCUCUUUCUUUUUCGAUUCUUUAUCUGUGAUCUUCAACAGCAACUCAAAGAUAAUCAAUGUACGUCUCGUGUUCGUCUCUAUCGAGGUCAAUUGAUGUCAAACGAUGAAUUACAAGUAUUGCAAGAUUCUACCGGGCAAUUGAUAUCCAUAAAUUCCUUUCUUUCGACAAGUGUUCAUAAACAUUUAGCACUUCAAUUUCUCAAUCAAUCCUCCGCUUCAAAUAGUAUUGAAAGAGUCUUAUUCGAAAUUACAGCUGAUCCUGUCGCAGGCAUCAAGCCAUUUGCUAACAUUCGUCCCUUUAGUGCUUUUCCAGAAGAAGAAGAAACACUCUUUAUGUUAGGGUCAAUUUUUCGAGUAAUCGAUAUUCAGCAAGAUAAUGAACAAGUAUGGCUAAUUCAAUUGAAAUUAUGCAGUGAAAAUGAUAACGAUUUGAAGUCAGUUAUUGAUGAAAUGAAGAAAGAUCAUAUAGAAAGUGGUUCGGAGACAAGUCUACUUUCAUUGGGUAAUAUACUCUUAAACAUGAACGAAUAUGAUAGUGCAGAAAAGUAUCUUUUUCGUUUUCUCGAUGAACAGACGAAGGAUCAUUCAGACAUCGCUCGUUGUUACUAUUUACUAGGUAAUCUGGAUACUAAUACAUAUCAUUUGGAUUCCAGUCUGGCCUGGCACCUUAAAUCGCUUGAAAUCAAGCGAAAAAUUUUGAAAUCAGAUGAUCCUAAACUAUCAGAUAGUUACAAUAGCAUUGGUGUAAUUUAUAGAAAAAAACGUGAGUUUUUAGAAGCACAGAAAUGGUUCGAGAAGGCAUUAAAGAUCCUUCAGCAAGCCUAUGGCAUUGAACGUCCAGAGAUAUCAACAUGUAUAAAUAGUAUUGGAUAUGUCUUCUUGCGCAUGAAGAGCUAUUCAAAUGCAAUGGACUGUUUUAAAAAAGCAUUAGCCAUCAAUAAGAAGUAUUUCACUGCAUAUCACUCUGAAAUUGGUGUGUCACACAGCUCAAUGGCCGACGCAUAUCGAGGUCUUCAAAAUUAUAAUGAAGCAUUGAAACAUGCAAAUCUUGCUCUGGGAAUUUUCCAGAAAUCGUUACCUCCAAAACAUUACAAAAUUGCAUGGGCCAUUGAAAUCAUGGGUAACGUUUAUGAAGAUAAGAAAGAGUUGAAAGAUGCACUGAGCUAUUAUCGUAGAGCUGCUAAUAUCUAUUGUGAAAUAUUGCCAUCUACACACUAUUAUGUGAUUUCAAUCAAGCAGUGCAUCCAGCGCGUCUCAUCAGAAAUAAACUAAUUGCAUUUUUUGUAAACGGUUAACUUUUAUGAUCAGAACUAAAUCCAUACUUUAUACAGAAAAUAUAAAAAGAAAAGUUUGCUUGCUACCGCUUGGCUGCAAAGUAUUUUUUACUAGUGUGGUAAAAUAACAGUAAUAAAUGCUUUAGUUGACUUAAUAUUUAGAACAAUAUCUUGAGUAUGAGUGUGGGUAUGAUUCCAGAC